UGGAGGAGUCGAUUGCAGCUCGUUACUUUCUUCUUUGACAAGCUUGGAUUUGGAUUGGGACAGGUGCAGACUGCGUCCUUUUCAGAGGACUUGUCUACCUUCCGGGCUGAUGGAGUUUGCGAACGGCAUCCCCACUAUGCAGCACGUUUAGCCGUUUGGCUCGGUCUUUUUUUUUUCUUUCUUUUUUUUUCCAGAAGGAGAAAGUCUGCGGCUCACUUUCCGUUUUUAGUAGUAGGUGGUAAUUUUUCUCCUGCUUCCUUUCACGGCAGGCAGUCCUUUGUACGUCUUUUUGCAACUGACCGCUUCGGAGCCGGCUUUCUCUUCGCGGAGUACCUGACUUUCCGGCACUCAUGAAUUCGGAUAUUAAUGUAUACCUCGGCAGGGAGAAAUCAGGUAUUAUGAGGAAGAGAGCGCUCCUGCUGAGGAAAGGCUGCAGCUUUGAAAUAACAAGCUCUGCCUCAGAGGACCUGGGCUGCCGGCGUGGGGAAUUCAGCCGGAAACACUAUGGGUCCGUAGAGCUGCUGAUCUCCAGCGAUGCGGACGGAGCCAUACAGCGAGCGGGCCGCUUCCGCGUGGAGAACGGCUCCUCUGAGGAGACAACGGACUACACUCCAGGAACAUGGAGGAGAACAGAUGUUCACUUGGAGAACCCAGAGUACCACACAAGAUGGUUCUUCAAAUAUUUCUUGGGGAAAGUCCAUCAGAAUUACGUGGGCACAGAUGCAGAGAAGAACCCCUUCUACCUGUCCGUCGUUCUGUCAGACCAGAACAACCAGCGGGUGCCUCAGUACAGAGCCAUACUGUGGAGGAAAACGGGAACCCUGAAGAUCUGCCUUCCUUACAGUCCUACAAAAACACUGUCAGUCAAGUCCAUUCUAAGUGCCAUGAACCUGGACAGAUUUGAAAAGGGCCCAAGGGAAAUACUCAACCCAGAGAUCCAGAAGGACUUACUGGUGUUGGAAGAACAAGAGGGGUCUGUAAACUUUAAAUUUGGUGUUCUGUAUGCCAAAGAUGGACAGCUCACAGAUGAUGAGAUGUUUAGCAAUGAGAUGGGAAGUGAAAACUUUGACAAGUUUCUAAACCUCCUUGGAGACACAAUCACACUGCAGGGUUGGGCAGGGUACAGAGGUGGCCUGGACACAAAAAAUGACACUACAGGAAUGAACUCCAUAUACACUGUGUACCAGGGUCAUGAGCUCAUGUUUCACGUGUCCACCAUGUUGCCGUACUCCAAGGAGAACAAGCAGCAGGUGGAGAGGAAAAGGCAUAUUGGGAAUGAUAUUGUUACAAUAGUGUUCCAAGAGGGAGAUGAUGCCUCUUCAUCAUUCAAACCGUCCAUGAUCCGAUCCCAUUUUACACAUAUUUUUGCCUUAGUUAGAUACAACAGCCAGAAUGACAGCUACAGGUUGAAGAUCUUCUCUGAGGAGAGUGUUCCCCUGUUUGGACCUCCCCUCCCCUCACCACCAGUGUUUACAGAUCACCAAGAAUUCAGGGACUUUUUGUUAGUUAAAUUAAUUAACGGAGAGAAGGCCACCCUGGAGACGCCGACGUUCGCUCAGAAACGCCAGCGCACUCUGGACAUGCUUAUCCGCUCGCUUUAUCAGGACCUCAUUCCCGACCUCCACAAGGUUCCCUUCUCUCCUCAGAACAUGCUGAAUCGCCGCUCCUUCAGCGACGUCCUGCCGGAGUCUCCCAAAUCUGCACGGAAGAAGGAGGAGGCGCGGCAGGCUGAGUUUGUCAGGAUAGGGCAGGCGCUGAAGCUGAAGACCAUCGUGCGAGGUGACGCCCCUACCAGUCUGGUCACCACAGGGUUGUGUAGAAAGGAGCCAUGGGAGUCCCAGAUCUUCUGCAAUAGCUUUCCCUAUGAGAUUGUGUGCAGUGACUCCUGGGGUCAGUCCUUGUUACUCACCACAGAUGCUGCUGGAGUCAUGCUGCUGGAUGCUCCAGACCCAGCUAAUUUAAACACUGAUACAGAGACAGUGCCUGUGCAGGUGUUCGAUAAGACCAUGGUGGUCAAACAGAUGCACGUUCUUGAACCUCAGGAUCUCCUCAUCACUAGGGCUGACAAAGGAAAAGACGCCCGUCUCUAUGUGUUCCGACUGAGCACGCUCAAGAGAGGCUUAGAAGAGAAGCAGCCAAUCCGCAGCAAGUACGACAGCAGGGAAAAUAAACUCGAAAAAACAAAAGGCUGCCAUUUGUAUUCCAUCAACACCCACCACGGCGUGGAGCUGCGCAUCGUGGCCGCCAUUCGCAACAAGCUCCUCCUCAUCACCAGGAAGCAGCCGCGGACGGACUGCCUGAGCGCCGUCGCCAUGGUGACCGCGCCCCCCGAAUCUCCCGUGGAAGAGUUCCAGUACAUCAGGGAGAUCUGUUUGUGCGACCCUCCUGUUGUCAUGGCGCUGGUGGACGGUCCCACUGGAGAGAACGACAACAUGAUCUGCGUGGCCUACAAACACCAGUUUGACCUGAUCAACGAGAGCACCGGAGAGGCGUACCGGCUGCACCACGUGGAGGCUAAUCGGGUCAAUUUUGUGGCAGCCAUAGAUGUGUACGAAGAUGGGGAGGCGGGUCUUCUGUUGUGUUACAACUAUAUCUGCUACUAUAAGAAGGUCUGUCCGUUCAACGGAGCCACACCCAUGAUCCAGUCAAGCACCUCAGACUUCAACUUCAGCUGGAACCAGAUGCCCAAUGCAAUCGUGUGCGCCUUCCCCUACAUCCUGGCCUUCACCACAGACUCCAUCGAGAUCCGGCUGGUGGUCAACGGCAACCUGGUCUACACCGCUGUGGUGCCAGAGCUGCAGCUGACUGCGUCCAGGUCGGAUAUCUACUUUGUGUCGUCCGCCCCGGUCAAUGCUGCGUCCAACAGCAGCUCCAGAGACACCAGCUCCCACAGCUCCCCCCAGACGCCCACCGGUUACGAGAUGCCAGUCUUCCCCUCGCCCCUGGGAGAUGAUUCUAUUAGGAUCCCCUAUGGAACCAAGCUUUCCCUGUACAUGUCAAAGGAAGCUGAAGGUGAAGUGCAGGCCAAGAACAUCUACAAGAUCCCGCUCAGCAACCUGGUGGGGCGCAGCAUCGAGAGGCCCCUGAAGUCGCCGCUCGUCAACAAGGUGGUGACCACGCCGGCCCCCAGCAUGGCCACGCCGUCCACGCUCAUCCCCGUCACGCACUCCCUCUCCCUCUCGCGCAUGGAGAUCAAGGAGAUCGCCAGCCGGACGCGCAAGGAGCUCCUGGGCCUUACAGAGGAGCCCAGCAGUAAGUCCGAGAGCACGGUGAAACACAGGAAGGUAUGCAAGAAGGUGGUGGAAGAGGAGCCAAAACAGCCGAGAGCGCUGAGGUCAACCAGCAGUGACAGGAUGGGCUCGGAGUCUGCGGACACAGAUUCGGACGCCCAGCGACACUGCUCCUCCAGCUCGGAGGCGGAGCCAGGGCCGCCCGAGGAGAGCCCGCCCCUCACCGCCUCGUUCGACGAGGACAUCCUGGACUUGAAGUGAGGACGGUCCUGAGAGCGCUUCACGGGCCCGCCUCUCGGCCUCCGCCACCGCCCCCGAGUGUGAAUGUUUUUGACGUGUUUUUCCGCCCCGAAAUGCUCAGCAUUCAGCCAUGGUGUUACUUUCAGACAACAAUUAAGGGCGGUGGAUCGUUUUUCCCUCGCCUAUACAUCUUUGUUUUCGUUUCAAAUGGAAAUGACGUGAAAACAAUGUGCUGAUUACAAACAAAACAGAAUACUAUUUAUUUAGGCUGCCAUGGCUUAAUUAAAAAAAUCUAGUAAUAUGUAUAUACAGCAUAUCAGUUGUAUAUAUAGUAUAUGUGCUAUACUAUAAAUAUGUUUGUAUAUGCAUAUAUACAUAUGUAUACACAUACCUAUACGUGUAUAUACAUAUAUUUUUUUCCGUCCGCCAUUUUUGUGCAUUCCGUAUCUGUUGGUCCUGGUUUUUCAUCCGAUUCACAGUAUACAUGUAGGCAGUAGAAGUGGAGUUCCUCAAGUGCCAUUUUUCCAUUUCUUCCUCCGAAGGUAAUCUUAGCAUGCCAUUGCACACAUACAUUCAUGUAACCUGUGGUGGUAGUAAUCUGAUUGUCCACAUACUAUAACUUUUAUACAUUUUCACAGGCGUUAAUCAAUGACUUUAGUUUCGACGCACACCACAGCGACACUGGCCCAGUGGCCUAUCUUGAGUUAGACCAGUAAAGGAAACUGCUUACACUGAAAGGUGAUGUGUCAAGACAGGCCAGUAACAUUAAUACUCCUAAACGCUGCCCUAUUGAAAAGGGCGUCCGAUUCUGCAUGUGAAACGUAAGCUGCACUGGUAUUCUGUUCCUUCAGCUUGAAACCCUCAGAACCAAAGGAUCUCAAUCUCAAGUCCGAUUUUAUAGCUCCUUCUCAUCCACAGAUCACGACUUGAUACACUGAGAUUUGUAAUUGGAGGAGCUGAAAAGAGCUUUUUGAAGCAGUUUGAGGAGAUGCUAAGUCUGCUGAAGUGUCUUGAUCAGGCCAUAUGCGACAUCCAGCUCCCCAAAUUCUGUACAAAACUUUUAGGAAUGUGUGCCUCAAACGAACAUGGCACUGGUGCAAAGUGGGUGUUAAAUAAUGCAACCGAAGGACAAAUAACCUGGCAGUGGAGAAAGCAUUCGAGCGCUGCCCUUUUGGUACAGAAAUAGCCAUACCUUUUACCAUCUUAGAACAGAGAAAAAUACAUUCGGCUCACAAAAUAGUGCGAACAGUUUUGAGACCGGCAGGAACGGGGGGUUUAUUUCAGUGCAGGAUGGUACAGAGAAGCAAAGCAUCAAAGGUAAAGGAUACGCCUUGAAGGAGAACAGGAAGAGGCGGGUCUUGACGCGUUCUUGGACCUGUGACCGCCUGUGCCAUCUUGUGGCUUUCCCGCAGCAUUGUUGUCCCUGGUGUAUAAUGCAUGACCGAUCCCUUCCCACUCCUCCUGGCCUUCUCUCUGUUUACCUGUUUCAAUGUCAACUCUUCAACACUAGUGUGAGCCUUGAGAAAAAAAGGGAAAAUGGGAAUAUUUUUGCAAAUGUAUUUACCUGUUAUUUAUUAUUCCUAUUAUAAUUGAGUAUCGGUGAGUGGGAGACAUUUGAUGGUUGAAGUUUGUAAUACCGGUAUAUCGGUUUGAAUGUUUUCUUUUCGUUUAGUUAGUCGAUCUUGUUUUUGUUUUCUUGGCCCCUAGACGUUUAGCAGUGGUUUUGUAUCUAAAUUAAUAUUUACUGUUUAGACUGUUGCUGAACCUCUGUGAUAUGAAAAUGAAACAAAAAUAAUAAAAAAACACCAAGUGUCUUAAAAUAUAUUGUAUUGCCAUUGUUUUUAAUGCCAAGUACUACUUGUAAAUGUUUGUGUUUCAAAUGUGGCCUCAAAUGAAACUGAACUAUUAUUAUUAUUCCUUUUAUUAUUAUUGUUUUAUUAUUUGAAUAAUUUUAAGUGCUGUAGACCACUGCUGUGAAAGUAGCUAAUUUUGUUCAUUGAUAUGAAAUAAAUAUUUAUGAAAUUUCAA